AUGGGUUUAUGGUAUGCGUUACGGAGUGAUCGCGUUCGAAGUAUGAAACCAUUGAUGGAAGAUCUGGCAAAGGCGAUGGGUGAUUCAACGGCGCUCCCGCUAGGUAUUCGCCAUAUAUUCAGCUUAGAUGGACAGGUCCGCAUCACUGAUAUCGACCAGUUCGAAGACGGAGAGUCGUACGUCUGCUCCAGUACGGAAGCAUUCAAAUCGGUGGAUUAUACGAAUGCGCGGGAACCUUUUUGGUGUUUUGCGCUUUCGAGAACAAAUCGACCAAACGAUGCUGCCAUGCUAGGCCUGUGUGGAACAGAUCAUGUCGCUGUGAGUUUUUCACCCAUACCAAUUACUCACUUCAUAGUGGCAGAGUGA